UGUCUUUUAACCAGAGUGAGCUAUAUUUGCAGAGGAGGAAAGUCGCUAGAGUUGAUCCCGUUGUUGCCAGUUGUACGAGCUAGCAUGUAGUGAGUCUGUAGUUUUUUUGUAUUUGCAAUAUGAAGAAUGGAAGAAGACGAUGUUACUAUCAGAGAGCAGAAUUUCCACAGCCAAGUUCGAGAGUACAUCAUUUGCUUCCUCCUGUUUGCAGUCCUCUACAUUGUGUCCUACUGCAUCAUAACAAGAUACAAGAGGAAAAGUGAUGACCAUGAGGAUGAAGAUGCUGUUGUCAAUAGAAUAUCAUUAUACUUGUGCACCUUCACCCUGGCCGUGUCAGGUGGUGCCGUCUUCCUACUGCCUUUCUCAAUCAUUAGUAACGAGAUCCUCCUCUCCUUCCCCAAAAACUAUUACAUUCAGUGGCUCAAUGGCUCCCUCAUUCACGGUCUGUGGAACCUGGUGUCACUGUUCUCCAACCUCUGCCUCUUUGUCCUGAUGCCCUUUGCUUAUUUUUUCUUGGAGUCUGAGGGAUUUGCGGGAUCGAAAAAGGGCAUUAAGGCGCGUAUUCUAGAGACCUUUGUGAUGCUCUUCCUGUUGGCUUUGCUCAUCCUGGGCAUCGUGUGGGUGGCAUCAGCGCUCAUUGACAAUGAUGCAGCCAGUAUGGAGUCACUUUACGAUCUGUGGGAAUUUUACCUGCCAUACCUCUACUCCUGUAUAUCUCUGAUGGGAGGACUGCUUUUACUCAUGUGCACUCCUGUGGGCUUGUCCAGGAUGUUCACUGUCAUGGGCCAGUUAUUAGUGAAGCCAACAAUCCUGGAGGACCUGGAUGAGCAGAUUUACUGCAUCCAUUUGCAGGAGGAAGCCCUUCAGAGGAGAUUAAACGGAUCGUCCACACACACCUAUACUCGAGGGAGCUUUACUCACCAGCUCAACAAAGAACUGGACAAUAUUAGAAAUCAGAGGAAUAAAUUGGAGAGAAGAAAGAAGGCAUCAGGUUGGGAGAAGAACUUGUUGUAUCCCAUAGUGAUGCUGAUCCUGCUUACAGGAACGACAAUCUCAGUUCUUAUGGUGGCAUUGAAUAUCCUCUACCUUCUCGUGGAUGAGACUGCCAUGCCCAAGGGAUCCACAGACCGAGGCAUUGGGAACACCUCUCUGUCCACGUUUGGUGUGGCACAGGCGGCGCUGGAGAUCAUCCUCAUGUUCUAUUUGAUGGUGUCCUCGGUCCUUGGCUUCUACAGCCUGCGAGUCUUUGAGGUUCUCACUCCCAGGAAGGAUGACACAACCAUGACAACGAUCAUUGGUUGCUGUGUGUCCAUCCUGGUCCUGAGUUCUGCCCUGCCAGUGAUGUCCAGAACUCUAGGCAUCACCAGGUUUGAUCUCUUGGGAGACUUCGGGAGGUUUAACUGGCUGGGAAACUUUUACAUUGUCCUUUCAUACAAUAUGCUGUUUGCGGUCGUGACAACGCUCUGUCUUGUGCGAAAAUUCACCUCAGCGGUACGGGAAGAGCUUCUGAAGGCCUUAGGUCUGGAUAAAUUGCAACUGUCAAACAGCCCAACAGACCCCGAAUCUGGGAAGCUCUCGGCCAACGGGCAUCAGAAAACUCUGUGAAAGGGACGAUAGAUCAACACACGCACACAUGCACACACAAACACACAUACACACACCUUAGCACAGCCAAAGGGAGAUUUCGACAGUCCGGCCUGACUGCUGAAAGGUGAAAGGGAUUGGAAGGAACUUAAUAAACCCAGGCAGUGUCUGACGGAUGCUGCAAGUGGAGGCUGAGAGCAAUUUAGCUUCGUGACAUUCCAUCCUCUGCGUCUCGGAUGGAAGCUGGGACAGAGCCAGGGAUGAGACUGAGGAGUGAAAUAGACUGGCAUCACUGCAGUGACCUUGAUGUUGACCUCAACUGCGACUGUGACUUUAAACCACCCAUUUCUUGCUUCAGGGGCACUCCCCCCCUCAGCAUCACUACUAGUUCUCCAACGACAGCCUCCUCACCACUGCACAAGACAAAAGCAAGAGGGUACAGCAGGUGAAACAAUGCACCUUCUGUCUUACACCAAACUAAAAGACAGUGGGUUCUUUUUCACCACGCUGAUCCUCCUCUGUACUCAGUAUAGUAAAUAGACCCCCCCCCC